AUGACCCCGGCCGGGGUGACGCUGGCUUGGCCCUGCCAAACGCGAGCGCCGAUCCCGCACGGCAUCGUGUGGACUGCAGGAGGAGAAAUCCGAAUGGCCGUUUCCAGCAAGAUGCCUCAGGAGGGAACGAUAGACGACAUAGACAUGGAUGUGCCGCUAAUCUACACGGAUGAAGACGACGUCGCCGAGAGAGGGCACGCCGACGCGGGCUACACGGAGGCCACGUCGCAGACCGAGCCCGUCUCGUCGGGCCUGUCCCCCUACGCCGACUACGCGCCCGCCAACGACGCCCACCCGGCUGCCAACGGCGUGGCCGGCGCGUACGCCGACACGGCCGAGGGCGUCAAGGCGCCGGCGUGCGAGCCGUACGACGACGCCUCGCUCGGGGAUGGCUCGGAGGAGGGCUCUGCCGAGCGGUUUGGCGACGCGGCCGAAAGCGAGGGCGACAGCGACCGUGGCAGCGGCGACGGUAACGGCGACGGUAACGGUGCCCGCCCGCGCUCCGAGUUGCCGCAAGCCGACGACGAGCCUCCGGCCGGGUCCCUGGCGGCCGAGCCGGCGCCGGCAGGGGCGUGUGGCGCCGCCGAGGAGAGGGCGGCUUUCGCCGCGAUCGCGCCGGAAGCACCGGCUGAGCACCGGCAGCAGCAGCAGGCGGCGGCUGGUUCCGCCAUGCAGCUGCACGGCGACGGAUGCGGCGUGGACAACUCGGACGGGUUCAUGGGGAAGGAGCCCUACGUGACGCAGCACGCUAUGCAGAUGCAUCCCGCGCCGAUCCUGCACCAGACUCUUCCGCCCGCCUUUCAACAGAGCCUCGGCGUGGUGUCGCCAAUGCUCCCGCCGGGCGCAGAGCUGCAGCAGGCCAGGCCGUCCGCCCUGGGCGCCGUUCAUAGGCCCCAGCGGCCCAUCCUGGUCAUGCCGUCAUUCCACAUGUCUAGCAACCAGCUGCCGUUUCUGCAGCACGGGGCUUGUCUCCAGAUGCUGCCCCACGCGAUGGGCCUCUCCGGGAUCAGCGUGCCCCCUGGGUUCAGCGUCCGGCCGUCGACCGUCGCCGGCGCCACUCGGCUGUCCUCCAUGCACGCAGCGGGUCCUGUACCGCUAAUGACCAACGGCCCUCCCAGCGCGAGUGCCGCUGCUACCGCCGCUUCUGUCACUGCUGCUACUGCUGCGGGCACCGGCGGUGGUCACGAGGGGGCGGCACUUUCGAAAGGCUCCCCUGUUGCCUCGGCGGUGGGGGUGGCAGCGGCGGCAGCGGCGACGCCCGCCGUGCCUAUGCUGCACGCGGGGAGUGUGUACGAAGUGCGGGUUCCCAAGCAAGGCCUUGAUUCCCUGGAUGCAUUCACGGACGGCGCAUAUCCCCUGACCGCGACUCGGGCAAAGGAGUUGCCAAAGGAGUUUGGCGUGCAGGGAGCCGCAACGUCCUUUGGCGCGGCAAGCGUUGGUGCCAAGCACCCACCCAUUAACGUCAGCGGCUUGGCGAGGCCAACGAGCACGGCGGGGUCUGCUGCGUCGCUCGUCGCUCAGCCCAAGAAGUCGGAACCGUCGUCGGAACUCUUCCCGAAGAUCAAGCGGGCCGAUGGGGCUCCCCCCGGGGACGCCUUCCGCCCGCAGAGGAAGCCGGCCGAGACGGCGGCCGACGGGUCCCACAUGAAGAGGAACGCGGCGGCGGUGGCAGACGUCCACGGAUCGAUGGCGGCGGUGGACGGGUCGAUUCUGUCGCUCGUUCGGAACCCGUUGGAGAGCACGCACGAGUUCAGGCAGGCCUGUCACCUGUGCUUCCCAGGGGCAGAUCGCUCUGCGUGCAACACGGAGCACAAGUGCAAGAAGGACUUCCUCCUGUGUCGACUCAAGUCCAUGCCCAACAGACAGUGGCAGAAAGUGAGGCCUAGGCCCAUGAAAAGCUACAGUGGAGUCUACAUGCUUUGCAAAGACAUCGUGCAAGGGGAGGAGUGCCGAUUCGCGGGACACUGCACCUUCGCGUACAGCCAGGAGGAGAUCGACGUGUGGACGCAGGAGCGCAAGGGCACGCUCAACCGCAACCUGCUCUUCGACCCGUUUGGCGGCGGCGGCGGUGGCGGCGGUACCGGCGGUGGCACCGGCGGUUUCGGCGGAGAGAACUCGCUUCAGGGCAGUGAGGGCGGCGACUUCUCGGUGGCCGGGCUCCUGCGUGCGCACGGUGGCAUGUUCAUGUUCUACUGUGAGGAAUGCUUUGACAAGAGGCCCCGGGUGAUAAGCAAGCGAAACAAGGAAGCGCUCAAGUACUGCACCCACAACCCGCCGCAUAUCUUCGAUGAAAAAAAGUGCCUGGUGCACAUUCUACGUGGCACUUCGGUUCGCCACCUCAAGAUCCGGCCGCUGCACGAGAUGUGCCAGUUUGACCUGUGCCGGCACGAGACGCGCUUUGGCUGCAACCGGCAGGACAGCUGCUACUUUGCGCACGACAUCAUCGAGCUCAAGAUUUGGGUUCUGCAGAGCAAGAACGGUUUGAGUCAAGAGGACAUCACUCAGGAGUCAAAACGAUACCUGCAGUCGCUCGACUCGCCAGGACCCAAUGCAGGCAACCAGGGCAUGUCUAAGCCCCCUGUGUCCACAAAGCUGCAACUCAAGCUGAAGUUUGUGUGCAGCCAGUGCUGGAAGAAUGGCCAGGUCUCGGAGGCAGACCGUAACCUGAGAUAUUGCGAAGCCAAAGCACGGCACAGCUGGACGAAGGAUCGCAGGGCGCUGCUGGCGAUGUCCCCGCAGCGCAAGAAGUGGAUCUCCGUGCGAGCGCCGCCCUCCAUGCGUGUCGCCCCAACACACUACGAGGUCUGUGCGCACGUGCUCAAUGGGAAAAAGUGCUUCUACAUUGGCAACUGCAACUUUGCGCACAGCGAGGAAGAGCGCGAGGUGUGGAUGUACAUGAAGAGCAACUGCCUGACCGACAUUGACGAGGUGUACAAGAUGUGGCUGGAGGGAAACCGCACGCCGGCCAAGGACCCCGAGGAUGGAACUUCGCCCGCCGGCAAGGAGAGCAGCUCCCGCAUCUGCAUGCCCACGGACUAUGCCGAGAACUCGGGCAAGUACUGCAGCCUCUGCGGGCGCAACUGCAACAGCGACAAGCAGUGGAGGCAGCACAUGUCGUCGGAGAAGCACCGCGAGAAGGUGUUCGAGGACGAGCAGCGCUGGAAGUUCCGAUUCCCCACCGGACAGUUCGCUAUCUGCGAGAGGUGGCUCGGCGGUGCCGGCGGCUGCAAAGACGACGGUUGCGCGUACGCGCACGGUGACAAGGAACUUGACGAGUGGAUUGAGCGUCGCGAUGUGAUCCGCGCUAAACUGGACGAGGCUCGCCAGCAGGGGCUCUUGCCCCUGAACGAAAGCAACUUUGGGAAGUACACCUGUCUCAUUAAAUAGACCUCCUGUCCCUGUCGCAAACAGUGGUACACUUAAUGUUGCUAUUUGCUAAUGUAUGGUUCGAUAACAAAAGCGGAAGUAAAAAAAAAUUUAAGCAAAAAAAAAUGUUAAACUAUUAACUGACUUAAAAGUUGAGACGAAACACGUUUGGGUGAAUUGCAAACUUCACGGAGACGAACGAGAAAAACCCGCGUUGGUGUCGGGGGACGUCCGGCGGCGAUCGCGACGCGCUCGCGUCGUGCAGGAGCAGCCCCCCUCCGUGUCACCGGCAAUUCUCUCGGCGCUGGAGAAACGGGGGAACCACGAGGGCGGGCGAGCGGGCGGGCGGGCGAGCGGGCGGGCAGGCGAGCGGUGGGUGGGGUGGAAGGCGGCGUAAAAAAAAACACCAAAGCCGCCACCCGGUUUCCCACGCCUGUUGGCAGGCGCGUACGUGUCCCAUCUGCGAAACCGGUGGACGGGUUCCGGGUUUCUCGCCGGCUUGCGUUGGCAAAAGGCCCCGGGGCCCGCCGAUGAUGGCGUGGCGCUUUGUCGCGCGGUGGCCCCUGCCGCUCCGUAUUCUGGCGGACAGCUUUGAUGUCCUUAAACGUGAGAAAAGCCACACCAGGAAAUUGCGGAAGGUUGCCGGAAGGGGGAGGGGGGGGGGAAACCCUGUUGAUUAACUUGAGGGGUUGGUGUUCGCUGGCCAAUGUAACCCCAUUGCUACGUGGUGGUGAUGGCACCACAACUAUUGGCAGUGUUAUUCUUUUCCAACCGAGGUGGUCGUUAUUGUUGUUGGUGGUGAUGAUGAUAUUGGUGGUGGUGGUGGUGGCGCGUCUGAUUAGUUUAAUUUUCAGAUAACAAGAAAAAAAAUCAUUACGUAAGCAGACAUUUUUCACAUAUGUUUUGUUCCAGUUUUAUUUCUGAAUCCCAGUUGGGACUCCAGCCCACGAAGGGAAUUGAAACUGGGUUAUUACAGUGGUUCUGCAGGGCAGUUGCGCAAUGAGUCCGUUAUUGAGCACCGUUUUUGCUCAUAAAAAAAUAAAUAUAAUAAUAUUAAAAAAAUAUUUUGACUUCAGGUGACUAAUCAGUUGGAAUUGUGGUGGUUAAGGUUCGGAACGGCGAUGGCACGGGCGCUGUGUCGAUGGUGGUCGUUAAACUGGCAAGUUUUUUGCGCGAAAGGUUUAUUGUCGGGCUCUGCUGUCGUGUUUGAAAGAUUACCGCUAGAGCAAAGUGCAGGGAAUUAUAUGCGUUGACAUAUAUAUGCACGUUCCGCUUGCUCGUGACACCAGUCGGACAAGCAGAAGGAGGAGAAAAGCCGCCUUUGUCGAUGGGGCAGUUUGGAAUAAUAAGAAGGCUGCGGUCGAUGAGUAAAGAAAAAAGAGAGAGAGCUGGCAUUCGGAUGAAAUGCCUGGCACCACACGCUGCUUUGGUGGGCAGUAGUCGACAGGCCUCUAGCCUAGGUGGGGUGGGGGGCGGGGGGGGCCACUCCACUCUGAUGUCACCGGAAGAAAAAAAAAUUGUCAGGUCUCUUGGGAGGGGAUCUAUUUUUGUUUAAAUCUGAACAACUGUUGAUGUUGAUAUCUCGUAAUGUGGAUUAUCAGCAAUGUACGUACUGUCAGCUUUAUCCUAACUUGGCUAUGGGGGGGUGGGGGGGCAGAAAAAGAAAUCCCCAUCACUCAUUUCGCUCGGGCGUUCAUUCACGUGUCUACCGAGCUGUGAGGUGCAUUACGAGGGUUCGUUGCUGGUAGUCUGGGUUGUUGUUGUCGUCGUCCUCAUUGUUAAGGUGUUUUUAUUUCCACCUAUAUUGUGUAUUGGGGGUGCAUCAGCUUUAUGGGCCGUGGGUGUCUAGCGGCAACGGUGGAGCAUAUUGGCCCACGUGCCGACGACGAUGUUCUCUGUACGCACGGCAUGACGCGUGCGUGUUGUUAGCGUAAGAAAUACGCGUGCAGUUCAGUAUUUCUGACAAGGUUACAACAUCUUUUUCUUCCCGUGCCGUGGUGUGGGUUUAUUUUAAAUUAUGAAAAUUUUUGUUGCAUAAUUGUAAUAAGUUUGUGACAGGUUUGGAAGGAUCAUAUGUCAAAUUUGUCAGCAUUUGAAAUUGUUACCAUGAGACCACUGAUUUCACGUAACUGACAAGUUCAUAUGAACGUGCACUUAAAUGUAUAAAUCUGAUUUGCAUCAAAAUACACAUCGAUAUGAGGAAACCAUGUUAGGCACUGUGGGUGGUUUGUGAAGAGCCAUUAUUUUUUGUGGUUAAUAUCCACGAAUAUACAUUUUUAAGUUGGGGGUUUUGAUCAAACUUUUAAUUAAAACCCUCUACAUUUCUGGGUUUCUUCUGCUUAUCCUUAACAUUGUUGUUUUGGUGUAAGUGCCGGAGAAGCAACGUACAGAUGGGGGCGACACAAUAUUCUGUCGAAGGUUAAAAAAAAGUCUAAAAUCAUUAAAAAAAAAAAUAUGGGAUGGCGGAUGUUGCAUAUUUUUUAUUCCUGUUUUUUUUCAUGCUUGUAAAUUUUACUGGUAACAUCGCAUUAAAACGUUUGUUCCAUUUA